ACAACUUCUCCCAUCAAAGCAAAACACAUUUCAUACGACAAAUCUAGUUUUAUCGUCUAAAUUCAUUUUCUCAGCAGCUUUCCGGGAAAAUGUCGGGCCGUGGAAAGGGAGGCAAGGGGUUGGGCAAAGGGGGAGCUAAGCGUCAUCGUAAGGUCCUCCGCGACAACAUCCAGGGCAUCACCAAGCCUGCUAUUCGCCGUCUGGCUCGCAGGGGUGGUGUGAAGCGUAUCAGCGGGCUGAUCUACGAGGAGACCCGUGGAGUCCUGAAGAUAUUCCUCGAGAACGUGAUUCGUGACGCAGUAACAUACACCGAGCACGCGAGGAGGAAGACUGUCACGGCCAUGGAUGUCGUUUACGCUUUGAAGAGGCAAGGAAGGACUCUGUACGGGUUUGGAGGCUAGAUUGUGUAUGCUUUGGGGUUUAAUAUGGUAGGAGGGUAGUGUGCUUAGUUAGUGGUUGUGGAUCUUGGCUCUAGAUCCGGUUUCUGUGGUUUUUUUUCUUUGUUUCAUGGUGUUCCUGUAAUUCUCACUGUCAGUUUCUGUAAUUCGUACCUUAUAUUCGAAGUAAUAUAAUCUCUAUUGUUUUUUGAA